CGAGGGAUUCAACACAGGUGGCAGGCAACGGGAACCCCUGAUUUUGUGAUGGACCCAUGCAUGAACCUUGUUUUGGAUGUGGUGUAUGUUGAACCCCAGGUUGCGUUCCUAUAUAAACCCAAUUCCGCUGCACAGCGGGUGUAGCCCGGGCGAGAUUUUACUGCAUAUACAGAGAUAUGUCUGCCUCCGUUGAUCCUCUGGUGGUGGGGCGUGUCAUCGGCGAUGUGGUGGACAUGUUUGUUCCCUCCGUCACCAUGUCCGUGUACUUUGGUGCCAAGCAUGUCACUAAUGGCUGCGACAUCAAGCCCUCCAUGGCUGUUAACCCUCCCAAAAUCACUCUCGGUGGCAACACCCAUGAACUCUACACUCUGGUCAUGACUGACCCGGAUGCACCCAGUCCCAGCGAGCCAAGCAUGCGCGAGUGGAUUCACUGGAUCGUGGUUGACAUACCUGGAGGAACUAAUCCAAAUAAAGGGAAGGAGAUUCUGCCAUACGUGGGGCCCCGACCACCGGUAGGGAUCCAUCGCUAUAUAAUGGUGUUGUUCAGGCAAAAGCAUGCACUGGGACUGGUGGACCAGCCGGCAUCGCGAGUUGGGUUCAACACUCGUUUCUUUGCUAGGCAACUGGAGCUGGGACUCCCUGUGGCUACCGUCUACUUCAACUCUCAGAAGGAGCCUGCCAACAGGAGGCGCUGAUAUGCUGAAUCGUGCUGGCUUCAAAACAAAAAUAAUAGAGGAAGUAUGCAUAGUUAUAUAUAUGUGUGCAGCUUAUUGGAGUUUGUCAGUUUCAGACAGAAACCGUGAUGGUUCUAUGUGCAGGCCAAGUUUCUUACUCUCUCUCUGGUGUUGGGUUGUGUUAAUGAAUUACGAAGACAAGAAAGGAGGGAGCGGGACAGGAGCUCAGGCAAGCAGGCCACAUAUCUUGGGUUUUCUUUUCCUGUAUAUGCAACCUCCUUUGCUUGUGCCAUAUAAAAUGACUCCUUAUGCAUCUUUGUAUUAUCAAUAUAUAUAUAUAUAUAUAUAUUUGUGCAUUA